ACUAUUAAAUGGGCACCAACCAAGUCUAAAAUUUGUGGCAUUAAUUUUUCUUAGUCCUUCUCAUAAACUUUCUGAAGAGCCUAAUGUCUAGCAUGGAAGUGAUGGUCUUUGAUGAAGAUGUGUCUACAGGGUAUGAUAGAGCCAAGGAAGUGAAGGAAUUUGAUGAGACCAAAGCUGGAGUCAAAGGACUUGUGGACUCUGGUAUUGUCAAGCUUCCCAGGUUCCUCAUCCAUCCACAAGAGGCUCUUCCAUCAUGUACUGAUGCUGCUGCUGCAACUUCAUGCUUCCAGGUUCCUGUGAUAGAUUUUACAGGAUACGAAACGAGUCGCCGGUCGGAGAUAAUCAGUGAGAUUCGUGCAGCAUCAGAGACAUGGGGCUUCUUUCAAAUGGUCAAUCAUGGAGUUCCAGUUGGAGUGAUGGAUGAAAUGCUAAGGGUCAUUAGGGAAUUCCAUGAGCAGCCGAGGGAGGUGAAGGAGAAGUGGUAUAGCCGUGAUCACAAGGUGAGAGUGAGGUAUUUCUGCAAUGGUGAUCUCUUUGUAGCCAAAGCAGCAAACUGGAGGGACACUUUAGCCUUUGAUUUCCAAGAUGGUCCUCUGAAUCCUGAUGCAUAUCCUCUAAUAUGCAGGGAAGUAGUGAGCCAAUACAUGGAACAUAUUCUCAAACUAAAGGAGAUUUUAUCAGAGUUGCUGUCAGAGGCACUGGGGCUGAGGAGGGACUAUCUUAGAAGCAUAGAAUGCAUGAGAGGUGAAACAGUGGUGUGCCACUACUACCCUGCUUGUCCUGAACCAGACCUGACAUUUGGAACCACCAAGCAUUCAGACCCAUCAUCCCUAACAAUCCUGCUCCAAGAUACCAUAGGUGGCCUCCAGGUUCUCCAUCAAAAUCAGUGGGUUGACAUAAAACCCAUGCAAGGAGCAUUAGUGGCUAACAUUGGUGACUUCAUGCAGCUUAUCACCAAUGACAAGUUCAAGAGUGUUGAGCACAGAGUGCUGGCUGGACGAGUUGGGCCUAGGGCCUCAGCUGCUUGCCUUCUAUAUCCAAGCCAAUGCAGAAAAUAUAGGCCCAUAGAUGAGUUCACAACCAAUGAAAACCCACCCAAAUACAGGGAAACCCACAUGAGGGAAUAUCUUGCUUACUUCAGGUCUAAAGGAUUGGAUGGCUAUAAAGCUCUCCCUUAUUUUAGGCUAUAACAUCAUGGUUAUGCUGUGUACAAUAAGGUGCUAAUACGUUCACAUCAAUUUUCUCUUUCAUCACAUUUUCACUCAUUCUCUAUUCAUAUCUCUCUCUUCUCUAUUCAUCACACCACUCAUCAUAUCCCUCACUUCUCUAUCUCCUAUUCCUAAAUCUCUCUUUAGGUGUAUGGUGGAAUUGAGAUGUCAAUGUAUUAUUUUCCAUUAGGUGACAAAACCUCUGGUUUGGCCCUCAUUGAGUAUUCAACAAUCAAGAGGGCUUUGUAGUAGGUUCAAAUCAAAAUGGAAUCUCCAUGCCUUUUCUUAGCAAGGCAUUCUUAUUUUAAUUGAGUGUUAAAUAGCAACUUCAGUUUGUAAGUGGCAAUCGUAUAAAGAGCACGUUUGGAAUA